AUGGAUAUCGGUGGUCUGGAGACGGUGGUGGCCAACUCAGCCUAUGUGUCAGCCCGAGGUAGCGUGGAUGGCGCGGCCGCUGCCACCAUGCGCGACAAGAAGUACCGCGCCAAGCUCGAGCUGCCGCACAUCAAGAAGUUUGAGCACAUGAGGGCCACCGUCGACUUGACCUUCAACAGCAUGUGUGUGAAGCAGCCCGUUGGCAAGCGCCUCUUCCAGCAGUACCUGGAGAGCGAACCCGUGCACAAGAACGCCGCUGACCUCUGGAAGGACAUCGAGGACUACACUGUGGCCCAGGAGAAGGACCGGCAACAGAAGGCCCAGAAGAUCGUCAACAAGUACUACGAGUCGGCCUCCAAGACGUUCUGCAGCUUCCUCGACGAGAAGGCAGUGAGCCGCGUCAAGGAGGACCACAAGAACACACGCGGCGACCUGUUCAAGGAGAGCGAGCAGCUCGUGCUCAAGCACCUGGAGGCCCAGGCCCACGCCGGCUUCAAAGACAGCAUGUACUUCCUGCGCUUCGUCCAGUUCAAGUGGCUGGAGGGCCAGUCGGUGGCGGAGGACUGGUUCAACGACUUCCGCGUGCUGGGCAAGGGCGGCUUCGGGGAGGUAUGCGCCUGCCAGAUGAAGGCCACAGGGAAGAUGUACGCCAACAAGAAACUCAACAAGAAGAGGCUGAAGAAGCGCAAAGGGUAUGAGGGGGCUAUCGUUGAGAAGAGGAUCCUGGCCAAGGUGCACAGUCGCUUCAUUGUGACGCUGGCGUACGCCUUCCAGACCAAGACAGACCUGUGUCUGGUCAUGACUAUCAUGAAUGGAGGAGACCUCAGGUAUCACAUGUAUAAUGUGGAUGAGCAGAACCCGGGCUUCAAUGAGUCCAGAGCAUGCUUCUACACAGCUCAGAUCAUCUGUGGACUGGAGCACCUCCACCAGCACAGGAUCGUCUACAGAGAUCUCAAGCCUGAGAAUGUUUUACUGGACGAUGCAGGACACGUACGUCUCUCAGACCUGGGUUUGGCUGUUGAACUCCCGCCAGGACAAGACAAGACUAAGGGAUAUGCAGGAACUCCAGGCUUCAUGGCCCCUGAGCUGCUGGAGCAUAAAGAGUAUGACUACACUGUGGACUACUUCACCCUGGGGGUCACCCUCUACGAGAUGGUCGCCGCCAAAGGGCCUUUUCGUGUCCGAGGAGAACAGGUGGAGAAUGAUGAGGUGAAGCGGCGCAUCCUGAAGGACCCGGUGUCCUACCCAGACAAGUUCAGCAAGGAGCUCAAGGACAUCUGUGAGGGCCUGAUGGAGAAGGACCCGCUCAAACGGCUCGGCUUCAAGGACAACGAAUGUGCUGAUCUGAAGAACACAGCCUACUUCAAAGACCUCAACUGGGGACGACUGGAAGCAGGCAUGUUACCACCUCCGUUCGUCCCGGAUCCUAAAGUGGUCUAUGCCAAGGACAUUAGUGACGUGGGCGCCUUCAGCACCAUCAAGGGCGUGAUGCUUGACAACAAGGAUACCGAGUUUUAUGACGAUUUUUCCUCGGGCAACAUCCCCAUCCCCUGGCAGGAUGAAAUGAUAGAGACGGGCGUGUUCGGCGAGCUAAACCUCUGGGCCGAGAAAGGCAAGCUGCCCAACGACCUUGACCCCAACUUUGUCCCCCAGGAGUCCAAGGGUGGGGCCUGUGUGCUGCUGUGA